GAAACACUCAUCCAUACAAAAGGAUUUCCUUUCUUCCAGAAUACGUCGAAGCACCCAUUCCCAAGACCUCACCUACGAGACAUUGACUCGCCCUUCCACUCACUUCCACUUUCUUUUCAUUUCGAGUCUCUCACACACACAUCCUAUCUCAUCAACCAAAAUGCCCCAGAUCGUCUGCCACGCCGGCCUCGGCGAGGACUUCUACUUCGCCUACUGCCCGUCCCUAGUUGCCGCCAUCCUGUUCUCCGUCCUCUUCGGCCUAACCACGCUCCUCCACACCGCGCAGGCCAUCCACUACCGCAAACGUUUCGCCUUCAUCCUCAUUAUGGGCGGCACGUGGGAAGCGGCAGGCUACAUUGUCCGGAUCCUGUCCAUCUACCGCCAACUCAACAGCACCCUCUACACCAUACAAACGCUCCUGAUCCUCCUCGCGCCCUUGUGGAUCAACGCCUACAUCUACAUGCUCUUGGGCCGUAUGAUCCAUUUCUUCCUCUCGUCCGACAGCGUCUUCAAGAUCAAAGCACGCAGUAUCACGCGUAUGUUCGUCCUGUUCGACAUCACGGCCUUUCUCAUCCAGGCCACCGGCGGGACGAUGGCGGGCCCGAGUUCGAGCGCGCAAACCCAGAAAAUCGGAAUGGACGUCUACGUCGGCGGCGUCGGCGUGCAGUUGGGAUUUCUCGUUAUUUUUGUCAGCCUCGCCGUGCGAUUCCAAUUGAACCUGAAGAAGCAGUCGCAGUCGCGAAACAGAUCCUCCAUCACCACGACCUCGAACGUCGCCGGUAGCGGAGAAUAUGCAGCAGUCGCGAGCGAUGCAUACAGCUACUACCCAGCUACCGACGAGGAACAAGCGGGACAUGAGCCGGGCCUUCAGGGCCCGCACAAAGAAGAAGGCGGCUAUCCAUACCCCGACCCACGCAUCGCCAAGGGGCUGUUGAUCACUCUCUACGUCGUAAUGACGCUAGUGAUCAUCCGCAACACGUACCGUCUGGCCGAGUACGCGACGGGCCAGGACAGCGUGACCAUCACACACGAGUGGUUCGCGUACGUCUUUGACGCCGUGCCCAUGUUCGCGGCAAGCGUCGUUCUCAACGUUUUCAAUCCGGGAAAGGUCCUGCAGGGCCCGCGAAGCGAUUUCGGAGAGCAAGACAGGGAACGGAAGCAAGUGAAAAAGGAUAUGAAAGCCGCCAAGAAAGACGCGAAGAAAGCCGGCAAAGGGAAGCAGAAGGGUGAUGGGCCGGCUUACGCGCCAUUGGAAGGGCGCUGAAGAUUUUGCAUUCUGACCGUGGAGGAGUCGAUGGGUAAUGGGUCGGAUCUAUUGCGAAGCACUUCAGCGAGCAUGUGAUUGGGAUUGGGAUUAGAAUUGAGAAUUGCGCCGAAAUGGAUCUAGAGAGAUACUUGUUCGAACAGCUUCACCUUAUGUUCAACGAGCACUCAGCGCGUGUAUAGUAUAUGUGGUUUUCUGUCUCGCGAGAUUGUUUUGAAGCAGAUUGUGAACGCAAUUGGAGUCAGC